AUGGGCGUCUUUCCUUCGGUAGUAGCGAGCCUUUCUUUCGUCAUUCUUAUUUGCAAUAUUGCUGGGAAUCUUCUCGUGAUUUUAGUUAUUUGUAAAAACAAGAAACAAAGUGGUGCCAAUGCCUUUCUUCUUUCGAGCCUCGCCUGCUCAGAUUUGGGGCUCGCCAUCGGUAUUUUUCUGUACACAAUUUUCAUCUCUUACAAGAUAACAAAUGGAAAUUUUGCUGAUUUUAUUUUACACGCUCUGAUUUCUGUCUACCUGUUAGUUGUAUUGGCUGUGGAAAGGUAUUAUGCUAUUUUGAAGCCCUUCCUGCACUUGACAAGGAUCGUGAAAUCUCUAAUGACCAAAGUCGUGUUUGCUGUUUGGACCUUUGCUGUUGUUUUGAGCUGCCCAGGAUUUUUUUUCGAGACACAGCUAAGUAAAUACAAGGGAAAGAAGCUCACCUCAAUGAAUGAAACAACAGAAGUACCAACCUGGUUCAAACCCCUUAGCAUCGUGUACAGUUAUAUUAUCCUGUUAUUCGGCCUUAUUCUACCGGCUACCAUCAUGAUUUUCUGUUAUUCCAGCGUUAUUCAUCAUGUCUGGUUCAACACGGAUGCUUCCAAACUUACAAAUACUGCUUUAUUAUUAUCACGACGCAAAUUAACAAAAUUUUCAUCAUAG